AAUGAAAACACCCCAGACUUGGGAAUGGAAAAACAUGGCGGUAAAAGUAAUUGUACACCACAGCCUUGUUCUGGAAUCAUGGAUGCUAAACGUGCAACACUACUUACUCCAGAUGAACCCAAAACGUUGCAAGGCGAAGAAUCGUCAAUUUGGGGUAAAGGAAAGAGAUCCUCUAAGCAAGAGAACGCAUCUACAGAAGUACUGACUCCUCAAGCAGAAAGAUUCCGAAUGCGACUCAUUCGUGAUUUUCGUCUUCUCGAAAACUUGAAUGAGAUGGAACAAGGACUAGAAGCGCCAAAAUAUCAUCCCGCUGAUAUACAAGAUGCAAGGAAAAGAAAUAAAAUAUUAACAGAAAAUCCAUAUGCACUAGUCAAGUUCAGCCCGAUACAGAAAUCUCAGGGUUCAGUGUCCAAACAGGAUAGAAGAUGGAAGCGAAUAAAAUGUCGUGAAACCAAAUAUCCGCCAUUGGACCUGUGGGCCAACUGGGUCGUGGAAAGUAACUGGUUUCAAAACUUUAUGUUGAUUUUAAUCAUAUUCAAUGCCAUUCUUCUUGUACUCGAUGCCGAGAUCACUGAUACAACAGUACCAGCAAAUCACCCAUGGAUAAGAAUAAUAAGAACUUGUGACUAUUGUUGCUUGUGGAUAUUCAUUGUAGAAAUUUUAUUAAAAUGGGUUGAUGACUUCAAAUCAUUUUGGACCAAUGGAUGGAAUGAGUUGGAUUUCUACAUCACGGUUGUAUCAAUUCUUCCAGAGGUGAUUCGAUGGAUCAAUGCUGAUGCUGGAAGCGGAGGAGUAAUGGCGGCCCUGGGAUUUUUGCGAGUGCUGAGAAUAACAAGACUUUUAAAAAUGGUAUCCAGAUUCGAACAAGCUAGAAUUAUCUUAAUGGCAGUGACAAAAGCUUUCAGUGCAAUGUCAUUUAUUCUUCUCCUUCUUGGACUGUUUAUGUGGAUGUUUGCAAUAAUGGGUGAAGUUCUAUUCGACAGAUAUACAGACUUUGACGGAAGGGCUGUAGGAAUUCAAUUGAAGUAUCAAACGGCGUUUUCAGAUACAUUGUGGGCUUUUGCUACUUUGUUUCAAUUGAUGACAUUGGAUCACUGGUUGGAGACACUGGUGGACUUGUUGAUCGUCAUGAAAGACCCUUACGAGUCAACUAUGACAGUGAUGUAUAUUCUGGCAUGGAUUUGGGUUGGCUCUUUCGUCUUCAAAAAUAUCUUUGCGGGAAUAAUGGUUAACAAUUUUCAAACAAUUAGAAAUGACCUUCACUGGGAGCAAAAGGAAAGAGAAGCCAAAAAUGAGGUCGAUAAGUUCAAGAAAGAAUUUACAGAAGGCCUUGCAAACCAAGAAAACCAAUCAGAAACAAAUGUUGCUGUUGGUUCAACCCAAGAUAACCCAGAUUCUUUGAAAAGUAACGUUUCAUCUCAAGCAAAAAGUGCAGAAUCCAUUCGAGAGGAAGGAGUACAAUUGCUUGCGGUGCCGGGACAGAAUAAAACACCAUCUGUUCGAAGUCUUGAUUCCAGUGUGGGAGACGACGACAAACUUGCCUCAGCUCUUAUCAAGAAACGAUCAGUAUUGUCUGUCAUGUCGCAAAUGUCGGUCAAUACUAUCACGACUAUGGAGGAAAUUUUCAGUGCCAUGGCAUUGGCACCCGAGUCAGAAGAAGCAAUAUAUAACGCUCAAUGGGACAGCUUGGUGCAAUGCCAUCUGGACAAAAUCCACCAACUUUCUAGCGAGACCGCCUGGCCCCGAGAUACAUUAUUCCGAUUCUACCACACAAUGGAAAAAUUACAAGAAAACCUGCAGGAAAGACAAGACAUUUUCAAGAUGACGGCCCUUGCGUUUCUUCAGAUCCAUGACAGAUAAAUUGUUUUCGAUUUGAAUAAUAAAAAAAGUAUUACAAAAUAAUUAAAA